CGCAAAGACCUUUGUCAUGAGAAUGCUCUUCCUCCCUCAUCCCAUGACGCUCGCCGACCUCGACGCAUGGGUCAAGCCGGAAGCCAAGCGGAAGAAAGACCAGUCCCUAUCCAUUCUGCGAAGCCUGCACAUUGUCCAGAUCUCCGCCCCGUCGAAGGAGAAGCCGCAGGAGAUCCAGCUCAUGUCCAACUUCAAGAAGUCGCUGCGGCUGGCCCUCACCGGAGGCGGGAACCACAACUCAUUUGGCGUGCCUUCAUCGCUCAUGGUCCCGCCCGAAAUUGACCUACCGUUCCUCGAUCGAUACGCGCGCAAGAAGUGGGAGGACGUGCUACACUUUGUCGUGUCCAGCGUCGGUUACAAGAGCAGCCUGGGUGAAGGGUCAGGGCCGAACAAGGGCGUCAAGGAGCUCCUCAUCGCAGGCCAGCUGGUCGACAGGCGACCAAACGGAAGCCUAGGCAUCACUCAGGCCGGCUUCACCUUUCUGCUGCAGGAGGCAAACGCACAGGUCUGGACGCUCCUCCUGAUGUGGCUGGAAGUCCUGGGCAACAACAAAUCCUCGGGCCUGGACCCCGUCGACAUGCUGUCGUUCCUCUUCAUGCUGGCGAGCCUGGAGCUGGGGCGGGCAUACGACACGAAUGCGCUGACGGAAGAGCGGAGGAAUAUGCUUCCUUCACUUGUCGAUUUCGGCCUCAUCUACAUCCCCCAGCAUAAGCGCUCCAUGUUCUUCCCGACCCGGCUAGCGACGACCCUCACGAGCGGAGGAAACAGCUUGCGAACCAUUAGUGAGGGCGUCGCGGCUGCCACCCAAUCGGCCCAGACGUCGCAGCAGUCGCUCGGCCUCCUGGGCGGCGGCGGCACCGGCGAGCAGGCCGGAAGCGUCGUCAUCGAGACCAACUACCGCCUCUACGCAUACACCCAGUCGGCCCUCCAGAUCGCCGUGCUCGCCCUCUUCGCCAAGCUCAACAUGCGCUUCCCCGACAUGGUCGCCGGCCGCCUGUCCCGCGCGUCCAUCCGCCAGGCCAUCAACUUUGGCAUCACCGCCGACCAGAUCAUCUCGUACCUCUCCGCCCACGCCCACGAGCAGAUGCACCGCACCGCCGCGCUGACCAACAAGCCGGUCCUGCCCCCGACCGUCGUCGACCAGAUCCGCCUGUGGCAGCUCGAGAACGAGCGGAUGAAGACGACGAGCGGCUUCCUCUUCCGGGACUUUACCGACGACAAGGACUACCUCGACACGGCGCGCUUUUCGGAGGAGAUUGG